AUGACUUCCAUUUGCCUUGCUAUUCUGCUUGCUCUUGCUCUUGCUUUUUCCCCAGCUAGCACAGCUCGACCGUCUCAAGCCAACUCCUCAUAUAAGAACGGGGGAAUUGACGCAAAUGACUUCGUCUAUGCCGACAACCUUCGUCUGUAUGAUGGCGUUGGCGUCCAUUAUAUCACCGGCCUCAACUAUUGGGCGUGCAUGAACCUCGCUGCUGAUGACUCUGUCGGUGGUAAUUACUCGCGACUUGUCACGGAGCUUGACCAGAUGGCCGCCAAAGGCGUCAACCAUUUGCGCGUCAUGGCCUCGUCUGAGGGAGCCUCGACCCCUCAGCCUUUCCGCAUGAAUCCACCUUUGAUGCCAGCCCCAGGCCAGUAUAAUGAAGAGAUCUUUGUUGGACUAGAUACUUGUUUGGCUGAGAUGGAAAAGAGGGGAAUGCGAGCAACCAUGACCCUCAACAACGAAUGGCAAUGGUCUGGCGGUUUCGGCCAAUACGUAUCCUGGGCCAACCAUGAUGCUGAAAUUCCUUACCCGCCUUCGUGGAAUCUGUCUGCACCACCUCAACGUUCAAACCCUAGCACCGGUUGGGGCAAUUACACCGUGAUCGGCGUUGAUGCCGCCCCUUGGUCAAAUUAUACCGACUUCGCCAACCGCUUCUAUACUGAUACUCAAGCCCAGGCGUGGUAUCGUGACCACAUUGACGCUGUGGUCAACCGCGUAAACAGUGUCAAUGGCCGGAAAUAUAACGAGGAUGCUACCAUCAUGGCAUGGCAACUGGCAAAUGAGCCUCAGGCAGCUAUUGUUCCAGAAGAAUUCCUCGGCCCUUACGGGCUUGAACUCCCACCCGCGCCAGAAGACCCUCUGAUCCCGUGGGUGAGAGAGACCUCGGAGUACAUCAAAAGCCUAGCUCCGAAGCAGCUCGUCAGCGUUGGCUUCGAGGGCAAACAAGGAAAGUGGUACUGGCAGGCCGUCCACAACUUCUCUACCAUCGACUAUGGCACCUCGCACUGCUGGGUCCAAAACUGGGGGAUCUACGACAUGCUCAACUCGUCGAUCAGCAACAUCGAAAAGGCCAAGAUUUUCGCCAGGGACUUCGUCGCCAACACGUCCGACUGGGCCGUUGAGAUCGGCAAGCCAAUCUUCCUCGAGGAGUUCGGGAUGGCCCGGAACAACUGGGAGAACGAAGGCAAGGAGUACCAGUACCUCAGCUCGGCCAGCACCAGCAACAAGGACGGAUAUUUCCAGACCAUCAUCGGCGCUGCCGUGGCCAUGUUCAAAGAUCCCCAAGCCGCCUACGUGGGGACCUGUCCAUGGGCUUAUGGCGGCGUAUAUCGGCCGGAGACUCAGCAGGCGGAUCAGUUUGGCAUAGUCUGGGCGGGUGAUCCACCUCAUGAAAGUCCGGGUUGGUACGAUCUUUACGAUACCGAUGAAACGAUGAAUAUCAUCUAUCGACAGCAACAGGAGAUUGAGGCAUUCCUGGAUAAAGAGCAAGGGGAAUAA